AUGUGCGGUCUGCCUGAGUGUGUCCGUAACACCUACCGCCGCUGCCACGCCCGGUCCCAGCUCGGUCCCAGCUCGGUCCCAGCCCGGUCCCAGCUCGGUCCCAGCCCGGUCCCAGCUCGGUCCCAGCCCGGUCCCAGGUCGGUCCCUUCCCGGUCCCAGGUCGGUUCCAGCCCGGUCCCAGGUCGGUUCCAGCCUAGUCCCAGCUCAGUUCCAGUUCGGUCCCUGCCCGGUCCCAGCUCAGUUCCAGCCCGGUCCCAGGUCGGUUCCAGCUCAGUUCCCAGCUCGGUCCCAGCCCGGUCCCAGCUCGGUCCCAGCUCGGUCCCUGCCCGGUUCCAGCUCAGUUCCAGCCCGGUCCCAGCUCGGUUCCAGCUCGGUCCCAGCUCAGUUCCAGCCCGGUCCCAGCUCGGUCCCUUCCCGGUCCCAGGUCGGUUCCAGCCCGGUCCCAGCUCGGUCCCAGCCCGGUCCCAGCUCAGUCCCAGCUCAGUUCCAGCCCCGUUCCAGCUCGGUUCCAGCCCGGUCCCAGCUCAGUUCCAGCUCGGUCCCAGCCCGGUCCCAGGUCGGUUCCAGCUCGGUCCCAGCUCAGUUCCAGCCCGGUCCCAGCUCAGUUCCAGCUCGGUUCCAGCCCGGUCCCAGCUCAGUUCCAGCUCAGUCCCAGGUCGGUCCCAGCCCGGUCCCAGGUCGGUUCCAGCCCGGUCCCAGCUCAGUUCCAGCCCGGUCCCAGCUCAGUUCCAGCUCGGUCCCUGUCCGGUCCCAGCUCCGUUCCAGCCCGGUCCCAGCUCGGUUCCAGCCCGGUCCCAGGUCGGUUCCAGCCCGGUCCCAGGUCGGUUCCAGCCCGGUCCCAGCUCAGUUCCAGGUCGGUCCCAGCUCAGUCCCAGCCCGGUCCCAGGUCGGUUCCAGCCCGGUCCCAGCUCAGUUCCAGGUCGGUCCCAGGUCGGUUCCAGCCCGGUCCCAGCUCAGUUCCAGGUCGGUCCCAGGUCGGUUCCAGCCCGGUCCCAGCUCCGUUCCAGCCCAGUCCCAGCCCGGUCCCAGCUCCGUUCCAGCCCAGUCCCAGCCCGGUCCCAGCUCCGUUCCAGCUCGGUCCCUGUCCGGUCCCAGCCCCGCUCACCUGGCUGGGGCGCUGCUGCCCCCUGCCGGACGGCCCUGCCACCGCAGGGUGGCGUCUCCGCCCGGCGCGGCCCCGCGCCCCGCGGCCCUGUGCUCAGCCCACGCGAGCGCAGCCACACGCGUGUGACACGUCUGCCCUCAGGGCUGGCCGCUGGGCACCCCCGGGGGUUACGCAGUGCGAGGUGCCGCAAGGCGCCGACAGUGCUGGGUAGAAAAAGGAGAUUGCGCGGAGUGAGAACGGAACGGAACGGAACGGAACGGAACGGAACGGGACCGGGACCGGGGCCGGGCCGGGCCGGGCCGGGCCGGGCCCAGACGAGCGGGAACGGGAGCGGGAGCGGGAGCGGGCGUGGCCCCGCCCAGCCCGCACGUGACCGCGGCAGCGUGCUGGGGGCGGGGCCUCAGCGCGCAGGCGCCCCGGGGAGGGCGUGCCCUUCCUCCGGGCCUGCCCCCGCGGGUGACGCCGCCGCGCGCGCCCGGCCCCACCUCUCGCGCGACGUCAGGCGGCCGGGCCGGGCGGUGGCGGCGCGCGGCGAUGGAGCGGCCGCCGCUCGGCCGGUGAGUGAGCGGCGGACCGCGGGAGCGGAGCGGGGCGGGAGCGGGGCGGGAGAACACCCGGAACCGAGGGACGAGGCGUGGGGACCCCGCCCGACCGGCCCCGGGUGCGCCCAUCGCGAGCGCCUCACCCACCCCCAGAGCCGCCGCUCGGCCGCGCUGUCUCUCGCCGCCCCUCGCCGCCCCGCUCCUGCGGCCGGUUUAGGACUCUCUGGCCGAGUCGCGGCCCCGCCGGCACACUCGCCCCGUUCCGGGCCGUCGUCCGGGACGCAGGGCCCGGGCUUCGCGGGGCGAUGCGUGGCCCGGCGGUGGCGAGCGGCGCCUGCGGCCCCUGCCGUGGCCCCCGCGGUCGCCCCGAUCCCCGCGGCCGCCCCGGGCCCUCCCGGGGGCGGCCCCACGCGCGUGUGGCCGGUGCUGGGGGUUCGCGAGGCACCGCCUCGGCCCUCGCGCUGGUUUGGGGCGGGCUAA